AUGGACUCUGACGCUGGCUCCAACUCCAGCCGCUCCUCAUCUCCAGAUCUGGUGGUGGAUGACUCCAUGGGCAGCUUCUUCUCCAACAAGAUGUUCCAAGCCUACUGCCGGGAGGAGGGGGCAGCCAGGGCCGCUGGGCAGGGCAGGACUGACCGCUGUGCUGGGGGAGGCAAGAGCAAGACCCUCAAAGAGGGUGACGUGCAGGACCUGAGGCUGAAGGUGAACGGCAGGGAGAGGAAGAGGAUGCACGACCUGAACCAGGCCAUGGACGGCCUGAGGGAGGUCAUGCCCUAUGCGCAGGGGCCCUCCGUCCGCAAGCUCUCCAAGAUCUCCACCCUGAUGUUGGCCCGUAACUACAUCCUCAUGCUGUCCAGCUCCCUGGAGGAGAUGAAGAAGCUGGUGGGGGACGUGUAUGGAGGUGGUGGUUCCCAGAGUCGCACUAGCCACCGCCGGAUCAACCCUCCGGCCCCCACAGCUCACCUCCCCCUACACCCCCUGGCCCAGUCCCUGCACUCCCUGGUGGGUAGCACGGCCUCGGCUCUCCACCACCCUUCGCCUCUCCCGGCUCCAGCCCCACACUCACCACCCUCUGCAAGCUACCUGGGCUUCCACCAUGCACCCGUACAGAGCCUGCUGAAAGACCCUCUCCACCUAGCCAGCUCCUACAGGCACUUUCCUGGUAUGCCCUGUCCCUGCUCGCUCUGCCAGCCUCUACCAACCACCGCAUCCACCCUGCAUAGCUUUUCCAUGGGCAAGUGA